AUGUUUACCGUACUUCUACGUCAUGGGCAUUAAUAAGUGCGGAACCACGGACCUUUACAACCGCAUCACCCAACACCCGGAUGUCGUUCCGGCCAGUAAAAAGGAACCCAAGUGGUGGACCUGGGACCAGCACGUGAAUCUCGGGAAAUAUCUGGAUUAUUUCGAUGAAGCGGCCUGGAAAAUAUGGAACCGGAUCCGGAAACGCUGGACUGCAUCCGGACAAGAGGUUGUCACUCAUGACGUCAUUACAGGAGACGGCGAUCCCCUCACAAUACUUUACAACGACCACUGGAGAGAGGAGCUAUGGGACACCCCAAACAACGAGCCGCCCAUCCUGAUAGCGGACCUGAUCCGGGCUGUACAGCCAAACGCCAAGUUCAUUCUCACACUUAGGAACCCAACAGAAAGGUUGUACUCCGACUAUGUCUUCUGGAAGUACUUACACGUAAACAGGUCAAAUACAGACUUCCACGAGAGGGUUAUCCGAACUCUCCGCAUCUUCAGGCAGUGCCUCAGGAAGAAUUCUGUCCGCUCGUGCGCUUACGGAGUUGAAACCGAACUUCCUUCAGCCGGAAUAGUUCGACUGCGGCGGGGGCUGUACGAGGUGUACCUACGGGACUGGUUCUCUAUUUUCCCGCGGGAACAAAUUCUCGUUAAGCGUCUGGAGGAUCACGCUAAGGACCCAAACAAAUCCAUGACAAGGGUUUUCAACUUCCUGGGUCUUGGUCAGUAUACAGGACCUGUCCGGAAAAAACCGGAAAUCUUCGGCUUCCAAAGGCGAAAUUCUCAGAAAAAGAAGUACGAGAACAUUGGCCAGAUGUUGCCGGAGACGCGGCGAAUUCUGAACGAGUUCUACCGACCCUACAACGAGCGACUUGCACAGCUCUUAGACAAUACGGACUUCCUUUGGCAAGAGGAAAGUUCUGUCUGAGACCCUUCGUUUGGCCAAACAGUCGUUUCCAAAUCUUAGUUCAAUAGUCGAAACUCUGGAGAAACACAGGAGAAACACACCCAGCAGAAGAGGAGAUAUCUCUUUUGUUUAUCCUCUUUUAUUCACUAGUCAGAAUGUUUCAAAUGUUUGGAGUAAAUACAUCCGAAAGGUCUACUUAUCACCAAUUAGAGACUGUGAUUCCUUCGUGUUUUUCAUGUGUUU